AUGGUAUACCAUCAAGCAUCCCACAACACCUAUCUCAAGAAGUUUAUCAAAGACUUGACAGGUGACCUUCUUUUGGCUUUUGGCUCAUUAUCUGUUGCAGUUGACAACCAACUCAACUCAGUCCAUGAAUCCAUUGGCAAGGAUACCACAAAGGUUCUUGUUGAAAUCCCUCUGAUUUGCAAGCUCUCAACUUUUGCCAUCUUAGAAUUCCAAGGCCAAUUUCAGCGUCUUAAAAACCUUGACCCAAUAGAACCUUGCUCUCAAAACCUUACAAAGGAGCUGGGAAUACCCUGUGCCCACAAUAUAGCUAAAAUUUUGGACAAAGAUUUUCAUCUACAGUGGCAUUUACAGUACAACCCUGAGUGA